CAGGAAGUAACGUUGCGGUGCUUUAUACUUCGUUGUGUUUUAAAUACCUUAGGCGACUGCAGUGUAGCUAGAAUUAGUUUUUUUGAAAUUUGUGCGGUCGAAUUACUCGAAAUGUCCUCAGCGACUUGUAAAUUGAAAGUUGGCAGUAAGGAGUCAACUUUGGAUGUCAAUACAGUAUUUAAGUGUUUAAGAAGUGGGGAAACGGCGGCUCUCAUAGCGGAGCUAGUAAACAAAACUAUACCAUCAGCAGGAGCCGUACCAGGAUCGGUUAUGUGGACCACAGAUCCCAGUUACACCAAUGGGUCGCCAGUUCAUACCAACAAAGCAAAACUGCAGCAACACUUGAAUGCUGGCGGCACCAUUUAUUUUUACAUUUAAUUUUAAGAUGCAUUAUUCUAAUGGAAUGCACUUACUUAUUAACAACCAAUCUGUGUAUAUAUCUAAUCUAAGUAUUUAACCAACCCCAGUAGUAUACUAUCUAUUUUCUAGUAUUAUAAUGUGGCUUACGAUGAAUAACUAUAUAGUGGGGUGGGGGAAGACGGGACACCUUUCGCACACAAUAUCUAAAUAUCCGAAUAAUGUUUUAAACAAUCAACAACGGCCUAUAAGAGUCGUGAGGAUACGGUUUUAAAAUUCUUCAAAUGUUCUUUGUUUAAUACCAAAUGGGACGAAAAAAUAGAAUAAAAAAAUGUCCCAUAUUCCCCCACACUACUAUAUAAUAUUAUGUGUGAGCGUUGUAUUACAUUUAUAUUCGAGUAAUAUUUGCAUUUUUGGAGACGAAUUUGGCAUGCGAAUUCUUUUCUGUUAGAAGUUAUAAACAGUUAAAUUGUUUUUUUGUACAUAUUUUGUUCAAUUCUCAGAUCUCAUUUGCUGACUAAAAUCAUUUCACAAUAUAUAAUCGUAAAACUUUUUAAAUAUCUGUACAAAUUUAAAUUCGGAUAAUUACCGAUUCAACAACGACGAUUACUUUCCGUUUUUUUUAAUUGAUGCAACAUUUAUAACUGAACAAAAUAUCACAAAAGGAAAGUAUCUGUCCAAGCCUUAAUUUCCGUGCCCUUUCAUUAGAGCUACUCUCUGUUGUUUAAAAAACAUGUUUAAUUGUACUCGUUUAAAAAUUGUGUUGAAUAAACAAGUUACUUGUGGUGUUUCAUUUAUAAUCAAUUUAACUAUGUUCUUUAUUCGUUCUCAAUCCGUCCCCGCUAUUGUUUUCCGUGAUUUAUACCGUCACGACUCGGUGAACCCACGUGUGCGCUUUUUCCUGUAACCUUGCCUUUUUGCUCACCGUUAGUUCCUCGACUGUUCUCUGCAGUCACAUUUGGUUCAGGCGACGUGGUAGAACGUACUAUUACUCGCAACGCGUGUUUGUGUUGCAAUAUCUAUUUACUUUUAUAUUUUACAUUUCUAACUGUUUUAAUUUCCAUUCUAUUUGAAUAAGAUAUUGAAAAUCAAACUAACUUGCUUUGUUUAAUUUUAACGGAAAAACAAAAUGACCGAAGUUGUCCCGGACCACAAAUGGCGCCGUCCAUCCACUGACGCAUCGAGGAAAUCACUUGAGAGAGUCCAAAACAUCAUAGGUGACUUCGACGCCGACCAUACGAUGAAAUAUUACGACUACUGGUCUGAACAUUACGAGCAAGACCUCGAGAAUUUAGAUUACAAAGUGCCUGACUUCAUGGCAGAAUCGUUGUUCAGCUUCUUGAGUCCAAGUAACUGGACUGAUAAGUCGUUCACCGUGUUAGAUAUUGGAGCAGGUACCGGGCAAAUGGCGAUUGCUCUAUCGAAGAUUCAGUACGCUGGUUUGAUUGAUGCGCUGGACGGUAACAGCUUAAUGUUAAAGAAAGCACAGAGCAAGAACCUGUACAGAAACCUCACUCGUCAUUUACUGACCACUGAAAGUCCGCUCCCUCACGAUAGUAACGCGUAUAACGUAGUUGUGUGCUGCUGUGCAAUGGUGCCUGCUCUCAUACAACCUGAAUGCCUCCCAGAUAUGGUACGUGUUGUCAAGUGUGGCGGUCUUCUGUACUUCACAACCAGAGCAACUGACGGGAACAACAGUUUUCGAGCGCGAGUGGACGAGCAAUUGAACAGAAUGUACGAAUCCGGUUUAAUCCGGUUUAAAUCAGAAGCCGUCAUUCCGCAAUACAGUUGGCCGGUUGAGGAAAUUGGAGAAGAUGGCCAAAAGCAUUUCAUCGCUGCAGUUGCCAUUUGCGUUGAAAAGAUAAAGUCCUCAGAUUAAAUUACCUAUAUUUUUCAUACGCAGAAUGGCCGUUUAACUUUCCCUCUUAUUUCUUUAAUAUUUUUUCCUAAUAAUACGUUUAUUAAACCCGCAGAGUGACUUGUGUACAGCGUUCACGUUUAACGAAUAUAUUAUGUCCUAUUCAAUAGCUAUGCGAAGUUUGCAGUAAUAUGUAAGUGUAUAUACGUUUAUAUAUAUAUUAAGCUGGUGUUGAAAUAUGUGUCAAAGCGCUGGAAGUUUCGAAAAUAAAAACUACUCAGAAUUCGGUG